ACCUAUGGUGGUAACUUCAACCCUGGGAAUCUUCCCACAAGAGCAGUUCAGUGGAUAGAAGCAUAGCGAGGGCAUUGGCAGCUUUUACCUCAGCAUCAUCCAGCCCUGCUGAAAGGCACUCGACACACAGCAGUGGUAAAAAUGCUGGCAGAGGAAGUGUCAGCAUUCACUGCAUCAAAGGACAGACCAAGCCAUACAGAUCCUGGCCAGUCAGUGCUGUGGUGGGAUUACAACUGGCCAGGCAGUGCCCCCCUCACCAUGCUGCAGGGACUGGCUCACAUGCACCGAUGUACUGUAUAAUGCAUGAGUGAAGGGCAUACAAUGACCUAUUCCUUUGGAGCUUCUUAAUUUAUUUCCUUUGGCACAGGUAUCCUGGUUAGUUCCACCUAAGUUUUAGGGCGAUCAGUUCAGUCCUGCUACAGGCUGGUAAUAGCAACUCCCCAGCUUUUCCUCAUCUUCCUCCCAUUUAUGUCUCCAGGGUUAAAACUCAGUUCAGAAUCCCCAGACCAAAUUGAAUUAGAAUUUAACAUUCAAAGAUUCAGGCUCCCUUUAGGCUCUAAGGAACAGAAUGUCAUCCUGUCUCGCAGUUAAUAGCUGCUGGGUAGUCGUUUCAAAGCCAUUUCUUUUCAGUGAGCUCUACCAUAGCAAAUCCCACCAGUGAAUGUAUUUCUGGCCUGGCUGUGCCUUUAAUCCCACAGCUGAGUCUUAUGUGUGAUCUCUUUUGAAAUGCUAGAUUUUUUAUUUUUUUUUUAAUUCCAGACAGUGAUAUUUCUAGGACUUGGCAUUUUGAGUGGCAACAGGGUUGUUUAUAGUAAGAGAACAGAAAGGACGGAAGGACGAUGUUGACCUAGCAGCCCUACAAACCUACCGCACUUAAUCCACUUAUCACCCUGAAUUCCUGAAGCAGAUAAAUGCUGAUAACAGUUAAAACACAUCACUGGCAGGAGCAGCAUGUUCUGUCCUCUAGAAAUACAUCAAUACUGGAAAUUACAAAGCUGUGUGCUACCAUGGGGAUGAACAUGAUAUGAGAGCCGAGGAAGCCCUCACAAUUCAGCAGAGUUCUUCCACAGGAAAGUAGUGAGCCUCUGCUUCCUUCUCCCUCCCUGCCCCAACUACCUUGAGAUGCUGUUCAGGCCUUAGAAAGGCUGAAGAAUACUGUUGUAACCCCAAAGCCACAGCUGCCUGAUCUGUGCCUCCAUAUCUGAAAUACCAAGUGGGCCCCAAGUGUCUUGUUACCGCUUUUGAUUGUCCUUGCUGCUCAGCAUUAAGACCUGUGAGGAGUGAUUUCCAGCUGAGACCAGCCCUGUGCAGCUCACAUCAGCAUGUCUCGGGGAGAGGAGUUGGUUUUGGUUAAUCUGAGCUAAACCUUCCCUGGAGGAGUGCAGCUGCUGCACCAGCCUUGCAAAGCCACACAAAGCCACUUUCUCCUAUCCCCAUCUGUCAGGGCUCUCAGCAAGGUACUGGGGCCAUUUCUGGGCAUCAUGCAGCUGCUAUGCCUCCCCCUGUGUCAAGACCCCUUCCUCCUGGGGACCUGUCCCAGGCUGAACAGGAGGAAAAAUGCUCUAAACCAAAGGUUGUUUGGAGGAAACCUUGUUCCUACAAAGUCUGGAGGGAUAAAACAACUGAUGGUGCUUUUGAAUACACCAAGCUUACAGGCUGAUCUGCUGCCUUAGGUCUUUCCCCACAUGGCCAUCUCCCACCAGUCUCUGCAGCACAGCGCCCCAUGUGAGUGGGCACCCUUGAAGCUGCAGCAGAGUGCUUUCUUGUGGACAGUGCAAUUGUCUCACAAGACGUGUGAAAGGAGGAAGCUGCCUAAAGAGAAGUGAAGACCUCUCAGCCACAGGAGUUUUUAUGAGUCAGAUGCUGCUCAGUUGUUGCAUUGCAGAUGUCUUAGCUAAAAACAAGCGUUCAUUGAAAAUCAAAGACUCUUUGUGAGUAUAGGCGGCAGGAGCCUCCCACAAAACGUGGUUUUUCUUCUUCAAAGGGCUCUCCUUAGAUUUGCCUACGAUAGGUUACUUAAAGCUUGCCUGCAUUGUGAAGCUGAUUCAGAGCCAGCACGGUGUGGAUCUGAAAUAGUCCAGCUGUUCAGAACGAAUUUGCUGUCUGGUUGUUGUCACUCUGUGAAUGUGAGCGCCUUCCUCAGAAAGGACUUAGUGAGAAGUUGGCUGUGGAGGGCCAUUUUGUGGAGUCAGGGGUACAGAAGAGCCAUUGCUCUGUACUGACUACUCAUGUGUGUACUGGUUUUCCGUGUUGGAGGCAAAACAGGUGAUCCAUCACUUGAGUUUUCAUGUCAGUGUGGAAGGUGACAAAGUUUGUUUUAAAUGCAUGAGAUAUUUUAGAGGCAUCAGGGAACAAAGAUCUGCGUGUUAAACUGCUUGCGGUCUAGCGUUUGGACACUCGCUGGUAGGUCUAACACCAUCGCUGUAGUACAGAGAAUGUACAAACCCUGGUGUGGGGAGGAGUCUGACUGAAAAGCAGAAGAGCUUGCAUCUGCCAGGAACUGCUUGCCAAAUGCAGUGUGUGUACAUCCCGCCUGUCGCUUCGCAAACAGGAGGGGAUCAGCCAGCUGCCCUGGCAUGAAAAUACCUGACAAACCCCCAUCUCCUUUGCCUUUUGGAUCUUUGUGUCUGGUUGUGUUCUUACAGCCUUUGACCCCCCCAUCAUGAUCCCUAAUCUAAAAAUCAUCUUCCUGUUUGUUUGGUUGCUUCAGUGUGGAGGGGGAAAUGUCGAUGUACAGCAGAAACCUCCAAUCCAGGUUGCCCUGCUCAAGGAAGGAACAUCCAUCCCCUGCAAAGUCAUCUUCCCUUACAUGCCGAAAUACACCAAAUUUUCAAUUUGCUAUUACUGGAUUAAUUCACUGGAUCAGAAGACAUCUAUCUAUACUAGGUUGGAAAACGUAGCCAUUCCUUCUGGAGAAGAGAAUAAGACUGCUGCCUUAUCUUAUGACUACAGAAUCAUGCCACUUGAAAACACCUCUUCUACUGGCACAUACUACUGCAAGGUCAAAUGGAAUGAUAUCCAAAAAAUGGGGAAGGGAGUGUUCAUCCUUGUUAGAGAUACAGGAUACAUAAAUACCUCUUAUUGGUUGCAAAUCCUCAUUACCCUUACUGUUCUUCUUGCUGUAUUGAGCAUCACUGCAACAGCUCUGCUUCUGUGGAAAAGAAAGGUGUUGUGCCCUAGAAGGAGCCAGCCAAAUAUCCUGAAGGUGGAAACACAGCUCCCUUCGGCCAGCCCACCACCACCACCACCACCUCCUGUCUACGACAGCCUGGAUGUGCAGCAAGUUGAUAUCUAUUCUAGCCUCGAGAACAAGACAAACAACCCAUCACACAGAAAGAAUCCUCCAGGGAAGACACCUAAGAAGCAAGAAACUCUAGAAGAAUCCUCUGAUACAUUGUAUGAGAAUAUCUAACAGGGAAGAUACCUGACCCUAUGUGGACCAGACAUCUUUCUGUAUGGCAGAGCUACUCUCUUACAUCCCAGAUGAGAUGCAGGUACAUGCAGAGAUCCACAGUGACUUCAGAGCACAACCACGAGGGAACUGUGAACCCCUGGCCCCUUCUAAACUGCCCUUCAUUAACAACAGAAUGUGUCUGUAAAAAUCCCUCGAGGCUCAGUCUGCAUUGAUGCAGCAAAGCUAUUUUGCAGCAAAACUGUUUGAUGCAAAAGAAAAGCUGCUUUUGUCAAGCAUUUAUCUUGGGAAUGGGCAAUCUGUGAAGGUUUCUCUCACCUACCCCGUCUGAAAUCCUCUGCAAGUGGUAGGACAAUCCAGAGACUUCCCUGCUUGCUGGCUUGAUGUUCCGAUCCUGAUCUGCAGCCUUCCGUCUGAUCCUGUGCUUGCGGCUUUGCCGAAAUGGCCAUCAGGACUUCAUGCAUAGUUUAACCAGAUCCAAGCAUCCACCUGCCCAUUUUCCCUUUCUCAGGAACCCCACAGCAAACACGAUUUCUCGUAAUCUGCUAAUCCCAUCAAGUAGUCACAGAUGCCUGCUGCGACCUUACUGAGGCGACUCAAAUCAGUGCCUCCAAGAAAAUGCUUCCCCUUCAGCAAUAUCAGCAGUACACAGUGAGGACUGGAUGCACUGAUGGAGAUAAAGGCGGAGAAAAUGAACACAGAACAGAGAAAAUACCCCUUCCUAACAACACGUGUCAGUGACAGUGCCCAUUCUGCAAGAGAGAGGAACAAGGAGGUGGGAAUGUGAGGAAACUCCUUUGCUGGAGCUGCAUAAGCCAUGUGGGUCUGGGGCCAGGUUCCAGCCUGCAGAAAUCCAAGUUUCCUUUUCAUCUUGGCAAUGGGCAUUGAUAUCACUGGGGAUUUUGAGCCUCUGUGGGAGCAGGCAUGGUACCUUUGCCCACCAAGACCAAUAGGUUUGCCUUUGUUUCAGCUGGCUGCUGUAAAGAGUGUAAAGCUCCUUUACUCCCCCAUUAUGUGUUAUUGGCCAGGGACAGCAGUUCUGAAACUUAGAAUGACUGGAGGAAGGAGGCCUUAGAAGUGAAUUUGCUAUCCAAAUUCUUUCUCCCCUGUCAUCUGGAACUUGCCUACCAUUUGUGCUGAUGCAUAUUCUGGUUCUGAUAGGGAAGAAGUUACAUUAAAUAUCCGUAUAACAUGAUCAAACCAGCAGAUCAAAAAGCUGAGGCUGUUUUAUCUCAUAUUAAAAACAACAAUGAAAUAACAACCAAACAAAACCAACCCAAAAUAAGAAUAUGCAGCAUAACUUGAGAGGAAUCGUAGAAACCUCUUUAAAGAAGAAGAUCAAAUUAAAAUUGAGCUCCAGGGUCAUAGGACCCUCUCUAGCUGAAGAUAAUGUUGCUAUGUAUCAGAGAUAGAGGCUAUGGAAAAUGUCUCCGGGGCCUCCAACCUUCCUAUACUAUGUUUAAAGAGAUAAUCCGCUUAUUGCUUUGCUCUUUUUAUUAGAAAAGAUUUCAAACAUGCAAUUUGGACUUUCUUUAACCACAGAAAAAUGCUUUUUCUCUUCCCAGUGCUGAGGAAUUCAUUUCAGAAAAGGCAAUGAAUGAACAGCAUGGUUUAUUAGACCCAUUUAUAAUUUGUUAAGUGAUCACAACAAUUAUAAAUAUUUUUGAAGUAAAAAGUUUUAUAUUUUACUAGUAUGACCAGGAAAUAUUUGUGUUCACAGAAGAAUUUUCAGAGGAUUGUACAGGUAUAACAAUUCCUUUCCUUAACAAAUUUGAAGAAAUGAUGAGAUGAAUUAUAAAUAUGUUGCAGUAUGGCAAUAAAAUAUUCAGCAGAUGCCAGUGGAUUAGAUGAAAAGUAAAAACUUUCAAAAUAACUAUGGUUAGGUUUUGUGUUUUGUUUUUUAAAUUUUAUAAAUGCUAAAAAUACUGGAUGCUACUGGAAAAUUCCUGGCAAGGAUAUCUCUUUGCAAUGAGUUGAUUUGUCUUGUGUUUCUGUUGUCUUUUUAAGUAGCAUGUUUCUUACAUUUAUGCCUGAACAAUUCUAUAUAUUAAAAAGCUGAAGCUGUUUAAAAUAUAACAUGAGAGAAAGAGGAGUACUUGGAACAGAAAAUGCUAUUCUAGAACAGUCAGUGCUAAAGUACUGGAAGAAUCACACCAGGUUCUGAUCAAUUAAGUGAAAAAGUAAAAAUAUUCUAAGAAACACUAGCAAAUGUGGGGAUUUGGGCUGUGUGCCAAACUGUCAAAAUCAGGAUGGGGGUCACUGUGUUGAUUUCAAUGGCUUUUGAGUUGGCCCUGUGAGGAAGGCUAAAAGGCUGCUGCACGAGAAAAAGGAAGUUUAAAACUAUGAAGCCACAAUCUAAAAUCACUUCUUUAGCAUCAUGCACCAUGGGCAGCCGUGGCAGCAACAGCGUGUGUGUGAGAGAGAAAAGCAUAAAGCUGUGAGAGCAGGGAUGUUUUAAAAUGGUAUGGAGUUUUCCAGGGUGCUAUGAGGAAAUGCCUGAAGGCACAGGUAGGAAAGACUACGGAAUAUAAUUUAUAUCAUAUUGGUAUAGCUACUUUGUAGCAGAGAUUUGUUCAGGGAAAAGGCAGUCAUUUGAUCUUCUUGUUGUCAUUUGGUCUUUUUGUCUUACCUGGCUCUGUGGCCCAUGAGAAUAGGUGCAAAAAAUGCGUGUUGCUAGCAAGAGGAAAUGUAUUCAUUUCUAAGUGUUAGGCAAUUGGGAAAACAAAAAAAAAAAAAAAGAAAUUAUGGAUCAGUUUCACCAUCUCCACAAAUAUGAGAAGUGGUGACUGGUUUAUUGUGUUCACCCUGUACAUUUUGCUUUAAACUGAAUGGUGAGAAUGGAUUCCUCUUAAAAACUGUGUCUCUAAGGGCCUCAGCUCCACUUGCUUCCCCCAGCAUGGUGCUGUUAUGCACAGAGAAGGCUCCCUGGUUAUAGUGGUAUAACCUUUGGUUCCCAAGUGUUGAAUUAUCCUUUUCUAUUGCCAGGAUUUCAGGGAAGCGGAGACCUGUUAUCAAAGUAAGCAAUGGCAUGAGGUGGAAAUGCACUGCCUGCCUUCCUCUAAAGGAGGUGCUGUGUUAGGACUAGGAUCCUUUGCUCUCUUGACCAGACAUGAGGCUUUGGUCCUGAGAGUGCAUUGCUACAAAGGGUGUUUGUCACACUGAGGUCAUCUAUUCCCUUUAAAUGGACUCCUUCAUAAAUCCUUUACAGCAAAUCCUCAUUUGAUAAGGCAAAAACCAGGGUGCACUUGAGAGGUUUGUUGAUUUGAUCUUUUUCUGCAGAGGACAAGCUCUUGCAUGGGUACAGUUUUGUCACACAAAAUGAGCAAACUAUAUUUUGCCUUUAUCUGCAGACAAGACCUUACAGUAGUGGAUAACGCCAGUGAAACACAUGUCCAAAGUGUUCUCCUUCAUCACUUCUGUCUUCUCUUCCUUAGCCUUCUCAGGGGUGUCUCUACUGCGAAUUAUCUCUAAAUACCCAGCUGGGGCUGGUUCUUUAUCAAGGGAAGCGCUUGACUGAACAGCACCCAAGAAAAAUGGUUACUAUGGCUCUAGUUUGCACUGCUGUCCUACCCAGUAGUGCCCUACAGAUGUGCGAGUCUGGGCCAAGGGCAGGAGUCUCUUGUUUCAGCUGGGCUGUCUCUUGGUAAGACUUGGUGUUCUUUCAGCCCUUGGCUAUGCUAUAUUAUGACCCCGUGAGACAAGGAUUUAGGGAAGGCAGUGAGUGAAGCCACCAGAUGGUGCCCUAGGUCCUCUCUGCUCUCUCUCUUGUCCCCUGCGUGCCCACAUGCCCCCGCCAACUUCCUUGGUGACCCCCAGACCACAGACUCCCCAGAGGUGGGCAGCUACAGCCAUGCAGAACAUCCCUGGCUGUGACUGUCUUCUGCCCCUGGGGCUGGUGACUCUGACACGUCUCAAAGGUCUGCACCAUGGCCCAGGUGCCACCAGCACCUGUGAAGAGAUGGGGACAGGACAGGCUCCCCUCGUUUGCAUCCAUGAUGUUUGGAGCAAUUGCUUCAUCAGAUACCAAUGUCUUGGCCCAUGCAAGGCACAAGAGAGCGGCUGCUGACACCAUCACUGGGUCAGAGUGGCAUCUGAAAUUCAAAAUUAGCCAGCUGUUUGGGGCUGCUUGAAAUUGCCACCACUUUCUUUCACCAGUUGGAAAUGGCAUCUUAUCUUGGGUUUGGGAAAAUUUACUGUGUGUCUGUGGUGAAAAAAAAUCCUUUGCACCAUAUGCUGCUUCUCUUCUUUGUCAGGAAAUUGAUGAAGGCUCAGAUAUUGCUCUUCCUGUGGUUUGGGAUUCUGUGGUGGCCAAGAUUUGUGAUGCACAGUGUAUUACUGUUGAGAGUUUGUACAGGAAAAAGGAGCAGCUCAGACAGCACCAGUGAUCUCCAAGAGAAGAGAAGAAAGUGAACCUUCAGUGCUUGUCUUGCUUGAUUCUCGGGCAAGCCAGGCUCUACUUACUGUGAGGGAUGAAAUGUUUUUCUUUCUUAAUGAUAAAGCAGAAAUGCAGAUUCCUGUUAGUAACUAGUAUGUCACUAGGUCCUUCACUAUUAAUAACUAGGCCUGUAAACUGCUGGAAUGUGUUGCGAGCUGUGAAUCUUCGUGCAUCACAGAGCUGCCACUACGCAGCUGCCUGGGGACAAAGUGUGAUGGUGCCCUGACAAUAGCAGGCAGGUUCCUGUGGGAAGUGACACGGAGGAGAAGCUGCUUCUGAGGGAAGGACUGUUUCAGCAGGAGGGGAGGGCUCCGGUUCCAGGAGGAAAUCUUUCUCACUAGCUGAUGAGCAUCUCCUAGAGCUCCUCUUUUUCUUCAGCUUUUUGAAAUAUGUGCAUUGUGUUGUAUCGCUCUGGGCCACAUGAAGAUUUGGAUAUACAGCUGGUAGGGCCAGGUAGGUCAGCCACCCUGCUUUAAGGAGUUAGAAUGUAAUUAUCCAAAUUGGAACAGGGUGAACAUGAAAAAGCUAACAUAUGGGCUUCUUCAAAACGUUAUGUCUUUUAAUAACCUGUCAGGGCCUCUGGUUUCUAUCCCAUCUGAAAGAUUCAUCUGCCUACAAUUUUGUGCAAUGAUAUCUGAGCACUUCCAGGGGUAAUAAUUGUAACCAAAAUACCUGUGGCACAGUGAGCUUCCCUCUCUUGUGAGAGAAUUAGUGCUGUAAUGCCCAUAAUGGUGCUUUUGGCACUGACAUGUACAAUUAAAAUCAGAGGUUUCAGAAGUUCUUGCAAGGCUCAGUAUGUCAUUUCAGCCUCAUGCAUGGAGAAAAUGGAGGCUUAGGAGCUUAAAUGACUUUUCCAAGACUGAUGCAGAGAAUCAGAGGUGAAGUUAGGAACAGAAUUCAGGUUUCUGUGCUCUUAAUUCUGUCAGGUUGUCCAGGAAGAAGCCAGUAGCGGGGUAAAUAAGAGCUGCUGAGCUACUUAUAGUUUUGGGAAAAAGAAAGUUUCUUCCUUAGUCACCAGCACUGGGUUCUGGAGCACUUCGCUUUUCAUUUUUGAUUUCUCAUGCAGGUAUCAAUAACGCUUGCAUCUGCCUAGCUGAGGUAGCAAAGCAGCAGAAGUUACUCCUCUCUUUUACAGAGGCAUCCACCAUUUUGGCAAUAAGGAAAGCUGAGAUCCAAAUUACCAUAAAAAGUCCAAAUACGUAUGCCCCAAUUCUCCAAAUAAAUGUUUACAGAGGGAAUGUGCUGAGUUAUUGCUCAUCCAACCCAUGAAGUCCUUCUGAUUGCUGAAGAAGUUCCUGAGCUCAUGGAGAGGAAAGCAAAUGACUGCAGCUGAGUUGCAAAGGCUCUCUCCACUCCCAAGGAAGGGAGGCAGGGAAGUCCCUACCAUAACAACAGUUAGAUGCUGGAGGAGGAGGUGUGAGGAGAGGUGAUAAUGCUGAUAAUUAUGUGAAUGGAAAUGCUUCCCAUUCUUUUUAAUGUCUGAAGGAAACCACAGUUUUGAAGUGAUGUAAUUCCUGCUCAGUUGGGUUGUUUAUUCAAGCAGUGCAAUGCUGUGCUGGCACAUGGCAGAGAGAAAGCAAAACUUCAUCUUGGCUCCUGCUCUUAGGAUUUCUGUACACUUUCAGACUCAUUCAGGUAAAGGCAGGGUGUGAAUCUGAAAUAAGCUGCUCUUCCAGCAUGGCCCUCUAUACAGACUGGCCUUUUGCUAAAGAAUGUGCAAAAGGUUGUAUCUGUUCUCCACAAAUAUUUAAAAUCCUGCUGUCCAUAAAAAUCAGGUUAGCUAUUUUGGGUUCUUGCAGAGCAAAAAUAAAUCCAGCAUCUCUCAUUUCCAGUUAUUAUAAGUCACUAGAUAUCAAUUCUUAAUUGCUUGAUUAAUCUUGAAUUUUCAGAGCUGACAGUGCCUGUCCGAGCACUUAGACGAGAGGUACGUUUAAAAGAAAGGAGAAAAUGCUUCAUUUUUCUUAUUUUUUUCCUUUUCUUUAGGCAUGGUCUGCAAGGUAAGAGCAUGAAAUUACAAAGAUUUGUAACAUAUGUUGUCCUGAGAAAGAUGGACCAUUAAGCAGAGUGCAAACAAAACAGUCACAGGUUUGUGAUAAACUAGGGGGGGGUGAUGAAUUAAUUUUAGCAUAUGCUUCAGCAAUUCCUUACAAGAUUAUGUCAAAUAUUAGUACACUUGCAUUUGCUGUAUAUUUGUGUGUGUUAGACCAUGUUUUUCAAUUACAUAAAUAAGCAGAAAGGUUUUCUUCAUGAAGAUCAUGACAUUUCUAUGUAGAGAAAGACAAUUUAAGGUCAACACUUAAGGGGGACUAUACCUUUGUGUGCUUUGUGUAUGGAUGAACUGAUAAUGAUUGCAGCACAUGCUUCCCUAAAGGGUGGUGUUAAAAAAAUAUAGACCAAAUUAAAAA